GCAUCAUUUUGAUUCUCACGUUUUUGUUUAUUUCAAGGUUUAUUUUUAAUUUUUAAGAAUUGAGCUGGAAAUUUGAAACAAAAUAAGAAUGAUUGUGAAAAAUGUGUAUACAUCAAUUGGUGUUAAUAGAACACCUUCAUCUUUAGAUUGGGGUAGCAAUGGAUUAAUUUGUUAUGGUGCUUGUAAUGCAGUUGCAAUACUUAGUCCAACAAUAAAUGGCUCAUGUAAGAUAAUAAAAACAUUGGUUGAACACACUGAACGAGUAAAUACAGUCAAGUGGAUACAAAGAAACAAUCAGGCUGAAUUUGAACUUGUAUCCGGUGGAGACGAUUCACGUUGCAUUUAUUGGAAUAUAAAAUCUCCCAAUGAUUACAGAAAAAUUUCUUUAAAUGGUCAUGAGAAUAGUGUUACAAGUGUUGAUGCGGUAUUUCACAAUAAUGAGAUUACAAUUGUGACAUCAUCAGCAGAUUCAACUGUCAGACUUUGGCGGUUCAAACCAGAGAAGGAAGAAAAAGAAAUUUCAAGUUUUCAAGUUUUUAAUCUCUCAAGUGGAAUUUGUUUUGCUGUGAAACUCUUUGUACUACCAACCAACAACAUUCUUCUUGCUUUUGCGACUGAUGACGAUAAAGUUCAUAUUUGUGGUGAAACUUCUUCACAAAAUUUUGAUAAAUUGGAAACAUUGCUUGGUCAUGAAGAUUGGGUUCGAAGUCUUGACUUUACUCUUGAUAAUAUUGGAGAUGUUUUACUUGCUACUUCAUCUCAAGAUUCAUUUAUUCGUCUGUGGAGAAUUUCUGAAAGAUCUAUAAAGAAAGAAAUUUCUGUUGAUGAGCUGAUUAAAGUUGACGAGAGAACAUUUGCGAUAGGAAAGAAAACAUUCGUCUUAUCACUUGAAUCUGUUCUUCAAGGACAUGAAAAUUGGGUUUACAGUGUUUGUUGGAAUAAAAAUAAAGACGACGGUGCACUUCAACUGUUAUCAAGUUCCAUGGAUAAAACGAUGAUCAUUUGGACCGGACACUUCAAAGAAGUUAAGGACAUUUGUUGGGAACCAAAAGGAGAAUUUCUUUUUUCAGUGUCAACUGAUCAAACAACAAGAAUUCAUGCUGCUUGGACAAUGAACAAAUGUUUGAAUUAUCACGAAAUUUCACGGCCACAAGUUCAUGGAUAUGACAUGCAAUGUAUUGCUGUAAUAUCUCGAUAUAAGUUUGCAAGUGCAGCUGAAGAGAAAAUCGUGAGAACUUUCCAAGCACCUGGAAAUUUCAUUGAAAACUUUAGAAAUCUUGUCAACAGUGAGAAUGAUUUGGAAGGCGAUGAAAUUUUGAAGACACAUCAGAAAGGCGCUUCAGUUCCAUCACUUGGAUUAUCAAAUAAAGCUGUUUAUGAAGAAGAUCUUAAACAUCAAGUCGAUGAAGAGAAGAAGUUUAAAGAUGAAUAUCCAGAGAAUUAUUUCGUACCAAUGACAAUGCAAUCGCCACCAACUGAAGAAUAUCUCAUUCAAAAUACAUUGUGGCCGGAAUCGCAGAAACUUUAUGCACAUGGUUAUGAACUUUAUUCAUUAGCAGCGACAAUUGAUGGGAAAAUUCUUGCGUCAGCAUGUAAAGCAACAACUGUUGAACAUUCCGAAAUAAUUUUAUGGAAUACAAAUAAUUGGAAAAUUCUCCAACGUCUUCGUUCACAUAAAUUGACAGUAACACAAAUGAAAUUCUCACAUGAUUCAAAUCGACUUCUUUCAGUGUCACGAGAUCGACGAUUGACAAUAUUUGAAAAGAAUAAUGAAGAAUGCUUCGAAGCAGUUGCUUAUACUGAUCGAAAUAAUGGAAUUCAUGAGAGAAUUAUUUGGUGUUGUUGUUGGUCACACGAUGAUAAGUUCUUUGCGACAGGUUCUCGUGAUGGAAAAGUUGUUGUUUGGACAAAGUCCAAUGAAGUUCAAGAUUCGUCAUUGAAGGAUUAUCAAUCAGUUGCCACACUUGUACUUGAAACUUCCUCAGUUACAGCUUUAGCAUUUGCACAACUAUCAUUUAAUGGAUAUCUUCUGGCUAUUGGUUUAGAAUCUGGAAUAAUUCAUAUUUAUAAGUUCAAUGAAAAAUCCUUUGAAUGCCUAACAACAUUAAAUCAUUCAGACGGCCAUCAUUUGUCUGUAAACAAACUUGAAUUUCGACCAAAUUUUUCUGGUUUUCAGCUGGCAAGUUGCGGAAAUGAUCAUCUUGUAAGAAUUUAUGACAUCCAAGGUUGA